GUCCCGGUGGGUCACAACAGGGGCGGGGGACAACACCAAGCUUGGAAUGUCUUCGGGGAUGGGAGGCCUCGUCCGCGGGCGCCAACCGUCUGUAUGGCGUCAGCGUGAGGUGUCUCAAGCGCUCUCGCAGGAAGCCGGGCCUUUGAGAGAUUGUUUCUACGUCAACUUUUUACACAGCUCAACGGACGUUUAACGCUUGAAACCCGAGUCGCUGGCCUGGCCUUUCGCCUUGUUUGGGCGGGACAUACGAGUCUUCACACGGCAAUAUCGCGCUUUCCUAACACCAAUCGUAGCAUCAAAUCGGUUUGGCAGUGGUAAACGAGCGCGCAGUGUCGAGAAAGCGGGGCGCAACGCCUGAAACCAACGCGAAAGCCCGGAAGUUGAGCCGAAUUCGAUGUUGGCGCUGCGUCAGGGAGCGCUGCUCCUGUCAGCCAGAGGUGGACAAACAACACACGACAACCUGCAGCUCUGCGCGGGACCGUCACGUCGACCUCGCGCCCGCUGGAUAUCGUCAGCACCGCGCCCUUCAACACUUGUGGAGCGGCAUAUACGCCCACAAGCGUCGACGGCCUCUGACGCCACAACCUCAACAUCCCAACGCAUACUCAGUAUCCACGAUGUUGACAACGGGCAGAUCCUGGGAUUUGGCGCCGACCUCGCUGAGGACCACCCCGGCUUCCACGACCCGGCCUACAAGCAGCGGCGAGCUUGGCUAGCUGAGAUGGCCAAGACACACCGCAUAGGGACGCCCAUACCUGAUGUGGAGUACUCUCCCGCUGAGGUGGCCACAUGGGACGCGGUGCUGGAGGAGCUGUCGGGGCUGCUGCCGCAACACGCCUGCCGCGAGUACCUGCGCUGCCUGACCCUAUUCGAUUUCCGCAAGGGCAGGGUGCCGCAGCUGGAGGAGAUGAAUACAGUGCUGCGGUCCACCACCGGCUGGACGGUGCGGCCGGUGGCGGGGCUGAUGCACCCGCGCCACUUCCUGGCGGGCCUGGCGUUCAAGCACUUCCAUUCCACGCAGUACAUGCGCCACCCCUCCAAGCCAAGCUACACCCCCGAGCCGGAUGUGGUGCACGAGCUGAUUGGCCACGUGCCGCUGCUGGCCGACCCCGCCUACGCCCGGCUGAUCCAGACCAUUGGGCUGGCCUCGUUGGCCGCGGACGACAAACAGAUCUGGCACCUGACCAAGGUGUAUUGGCACACGGUGGAGUUUGGGGUGGUGCGAGAGGGAGACCAGGUCAAGGCCUUCGGCGCAGGCAUCCUGUCCAGCUACGGCGAGCUGGCGCACAUGGCCUCGGGCGCAGCGGCCCUGGAGCGCCUGGACCCCUUCCGGCCGCAGCCGCGCAUGGCGUACAAGGACGGCUUCCAGAAGCGGUACUUCGUACUGGACAGCUUCGCAGAGGGCUCGGAGCUGUUGAGCAGCUACGCGGCGAGCCUGGGGCUGCCUGAGUCGCUGCGUGGCGACGCCAGCGUGGCGUGAGGGCGGGGUUUGCGCAGGUUAGGGAGGGAGGCAGGAUGGGAGAGGCACGGAGAUGGUUGGGUACCAGCCCAAACUAAACCAAAACCAACGAAAACGGGAGUGCAGGCAGAGGCGUGGGGGAUGGCAUACAAUCGUGGUGCGGCGUUAGGAGCGGGCUUGAAAGGAGUGUGGUUAGAGGAAGGCAAGCGUAGGCUGGUGUACCAGCACCCUAGUCGUUUUGUUGGUGUUGAUUGUGGCCGUACGUGCGCGCAGCUUAGCGGUGCGGGCUAUCAUGCAGCGUUUUGUAGACAAAAGUCAGUUUUUAUGGCGCGCCAAUUCUAUGCCCUUCUUGUGGCUUUGUGCUAUAACUCCCCUGUAAUUUAGUUGCCGUGGUCAGUCGUCUGGCGGCAUGGCGCCGGGCCCUGCACCACCGCAGAGUGCAAGUUGUAUUUCAGCUUACCGUGUUUGUACCAUAAGACGUCUGUGUGUCUUCGAGUAGUGUUGUGGCCUGGUUCGGAGUUGGGUGCGGUGUAGCAACAGAGGCUGUACGUCGCGGCGCCAUUCCUCCGGCUGUACAAGUAGUGUAGUGGCAUGCAGGCAGCCCGGCACCUGGGCAUUUGCCUCCCCGAGUGACCUGACUGGGGUUGGAGCCAUUCCCUUCAUGGGCAUGGGUUCAUGCUGUCACAGGCGUGGCCAGGUGUGACAGACCCCUGGACAGACGGUGAUCUAGUCUGCUGCAUGGGUGGACUAAGUUGGUGGCAGCGCAGCCAUGAUGGUUCCAUACAUUUGUCGACGAUUUCAUCCACAUUCAUCUUGUGCGUGGCGCGGCAGGCUUAAGUGAUGACAGAGCCUAAAAAUUGAGACUGAUCAAGGCAACCCGGUUGGAACUGUAACUGUGCACGCGC